CAUGGACCUGCAGUCCAACCUCUCCACUCAACAAACGCCUACUAUCCCCCAAAAAAGACUACACUACAGAUUGCGGAUAGUGAUGCGGAAUCUGGACUUUCUGGAACAUCUCUCUUCAAUUCACCUCUUACACUAGUGUACUUGCUACGACUUAUGACACCUCGACUUAACUUAACACCUUAAAUCAUACUAAUUCUGACCUCAUAAUCGCGGAUGUAGUCCGCUAAUACCUCGACUUCCGGACGACGCGACCAUCAUCAGUACGGCGACGACUCCCAGGACGACAGCACGGCGAUUGACGCAGACACGGGAUAAGGGAGGAGCCCCUUAAAACAACCGCAGCGCAAUUGCGCUUAGCCCAACGCGAUCCAGCACCGUCACCCUACCUCUAGGGCUGGCUGAAACCCAGGCCGGGAGCAUACGGGGAGAGGUAGCUGAGGACUGAGGUGAUAAUCAUGGAGGAAGAAGCCCAAGAGCGAGGAGGCCGUCGGUCGCGGCCAUCCACAGCGACAGUUCCCGACAGCAAUGCCGACCCUCAACCUUCGACGCGAAUGAAUGGCGGCGGCAACAACAACGACACCAACAACCGCCCCUAUCCCUCGCCCGCAACCUCAACUGCAAGUCCGGGUACAUCGCUAAGACCCGAUGACAUACGGCCCCUGCACGCCGCCAACUCUGCUUCCUCCCUUUUAGCAGUUCCCGAAACCAGCUAUUUGGAAGGGCCGAGUAUUGAGUUGAGGCAGUCUGAUUCGCAAGCCGAAAUUGCCGUCCAUCAACACCUAAACGAGAUCGAAUCCAGCUUUUCCGCCCCUAUUUCACCCUUUCCGACUUCAGACCGAGGCAUCGACGAUACCUAUGACCUCUUCGACUCCGCGUCCAGAGAAGCUGCACCUGCCGGGCCGACAGCGACCGCUGCACCUGCGACUCCUCCUCCACCCCCACCAGCGCAUGCCGACGUACGAUUACAAACAGAGAGAGACACCCAAGAAUCAAGGCCCGAGUCCGAAAAUGACUCGGGCGACGACACACAACAUCUCCCCCAAAGCCGCUCCAAAAUGCGUGUAGCCACAGUCGAGGAUGCCGACAAGACCACCAUACAGAGGUCCCACAACGAAGAGGAAGACGGCGGAAGUGGGGAAGAGAGCCAGAGCAGAGAGGACGAGCUGAACAAAGCCCACGAGCAGCAAGCCGCGGACACAUCAAUGACAAGUAACACAACUUCGUCUCUAGAAGCUUUCUCUCCAUCUCCCCCAACUGCUGCGGCUGCCGCGACGACAGCAUCUCGCGUCGUUCCGCAACCGAACCUGGACCGACAAGUUGAUGACUAUGACGGGAAUGGGUUGUCCCACGAACAAGAGCACCAGGACGACUCUGACGAGUCUGACUAUUGGCACGAAACUCCCACUAAACCACGGUUGACCCCCGGAAAUAAUUCGAAGCUGCAGCAUGCACCCUCCACCCAAAGCGCCAGGAGAUUCCUUGCGAGAGAGAACCUGACCCCGGAAAAGACUCCUGAGCCGGCUUCCCAGCAGCCGGAGGGUAGAAAGCAAGGCCAAGAGCAACAACAGAAGGAUCACCAGCAGCCUCUGAAAGCAGAGAGAAGCGAGCUUCCCCAGCGCCCCAAGUACCUUAAGAGAGGUCAGGCUGGACAGCGUGGUUCCGUGUCAUCCUAUGCUAGUGAUCCAGACCCCGACAGCGAUCAUACGAUUGGUUUGGAAACAGACUACGCGCUGCAUUCCGGAGGUGCGUCUUCCUCGACAGAAAGACCGCGAGAUACGAACGGCCUCACGCGGACCACCAGUAUGGGCAGUUUUGCUAGUGGCUACGAAGACCCAGAUCCCUCGGGACCCAUUUCUGGACUCACUCCUCUCGACGAAGCUUACAAUGCCAUCUCCCCCGAACCGGCGGUCAUGCGCCAGCUUCGGGAUCAUGAAGAUGACGGGGUGCGAACACCGAAACCCCGCAAGACGCCCCCUCCGCUCGCUGCCCCAUCUGACACGGUUCUCGCCCGGCAUGUUAGAGAUGUGCAGGUGCCCGAGUCUCUGGCGAAAGAGUACAGGGCGAAGACAGGUCUGACGACGCCAUCGAAAUCCCUCAACCUCGCCGAUCUUAAGAGUCCCGACAAGCUGGGCGCUUCGGUGGUUCCGACUCGCGCUGGCGGAAGGAGCUUGACUCUAAAAGAGCAAAGUAGCACCAUUGAGCGAUUGAGCAAAGAGAACUUUGACUUGAAACUCAAGGUAAUGUUUUUGAGUGAUCGCCUGGACAAACUCUCUGAAGAGGGUAUUAAGGAAAUGAUCUCGGAGAACGUGGAGCUCAAAACUGGGCUAGCCGUGUUGCAAAGGGACAACAAAAUGCUACGUAAAAGGGUCAAGGAGUUGGAGAAGCAAGUCAAGGAUGAGGAUGAGCGGCCAGGUACUGCGCGCAGCGAUCAGUCAGAUGAGGAGAAUGCUGCCUUUAAUCAAGAGGUACAAGAAGAGCUGAUGUACCUCAGGGAUCAGCUGGAAGAGCACAUGGUCGAGAUUGAGAGGCUCCGGAAUGAAAAUCUUCACAAAGAGGCGGAAAAGAGGCGAAUGGCGGAAAUGGUUCGCACCCUUAGCGAAAAGACGGGCGAAAGGUUCGGCGGAGACUUGGAUCGGCAAGAAGAGGCCGACGUUUACAAGGAUCUGCUCGAGCAAGAGACGGCGAGGAGGGAGCAGAGUGACGAGGACAACCGAAAGCUGCGUGAAGAAAUCUUUCGCCUCAAGCAGGAGCUGGCGAUGCAGCCGAACGGCAACGGGCCAUACCAACAACAACAACAACAGCAAGGUUCCAACAUGUCAUACCUCAGCCGAAGGUCCCGCGAGCAGGGGAGCGCUUCCAGUCGGCCUACCACUUCAUUUUCAGCUGAUCAGGACGUUGCCAGCUCGGCUACCACUCUGAUUGAAGAACUCCGUCGGGAAAGCGAACAGUUGCGCCACGAAAAUGCCGAACUUCGUCGUGAAGUAGGCGCACAGACCUCGAUGUUGACUUCUCGAAACCGUGAGAAGGAACGUCUGUACCAAGAAAUUGAGGAUUUGAAAAUGGCACAGCGUCGCGGUGGCCCUGCUCCGUCUACCAUUGACAGUCUCUUGGAGAGGUCAGCAUCCCGUGCCGGUGCCCAUGAGAGGUCACACUCGAGAGCUAGUGGCAGAACGGGCAUGACGGGACUAGACGACGCCGACCGCGAAGAGCUCGAGAACAAGAUAUCUCAGAUGAGAGAUAAGAACAACGAACUUCGUCUUCAAAACCAAGAUCUGGAGCGCGAGCUGGCGGCCUGUAUGGAGGACUUUGAAAUGCUCUGCGAAGCGAAGAAGCAGGCUGAAGAGCUUUCCCAUUCCCUGCAAGAUGACCUGGAGGCAGCAAUGCAGGAUCUUGUCGCUCUGCAGGCCGAGCGUGACGAGGCACUUCAAGAACACGCGAACCUCGAACAAGAGUUUGAAGCUUUGCGCAAAGAAGCCCAAGAGGAGAUCGAUGCGCUGGAAGGUGAAUCAGAUCUCCGUAGUGCUGAGAUUGAACGCCUCCAACUUGAUCUGAAUGACCGUAACGAGAAUUUCGAAGCGUUACAGGAGGAGAUGCGCAAGAUGAGCGAUGCCCUUGUUCGCCUGGAGGAUGAGCAGGAAGCCAAGCACAAACGGAUACAAACACUUGAACAAGAGCUGAAUGAUGCCAACAGAGAACUAGAGGAGCUCGAAUUCAAGCUUCUUGAGGCAAACGACAAGGCCAACCGUCUGUCAGUCCAGCAAGAGUCAAGCCAAGGGGAGAUUGCCUUCUUGCGGGAAGAACAGGAGAACGACAAGAUCCGGAUUGGCGAUCUGGAAGCGGCACUGGCGAAUUCCGAGCAAGGUGUGCGUGAUGAAAAAGACCGAGUCAGAGAGCUGGAGAACCGGCUGGCCCAGGAGAGGAGGCAACGAGAGAUUGUUGCAAACAGGGAGAAGGAGGAGGUACAGCAGUUCAUCAACGAGCUCAACAAGGAAGCAACAGCAGCCAAGGAUGAAGCCCGACGACUGCGCAAGAGCCUGACAAGCAGGGAGGUCGAGGCUACAGAGUGGAAGGAGAGGCUCUUGGAGCUGGAGAACAACCUUCGCGAGGCUCUAGGUGACCUGAAUGGGACCAGGUCUAGCCUUCUCAAGUCUAUUGCCAAGCUCCAAAUGGACCUCGAAAAAGCUGUCCGCGACCUUGACACCACCAAGGCGUCACUGGCUGAGAAGGACCGCAUCAUCAAGCAGCGUGACGCUCUUCUUGAAUCCCAUGCUCUCGAGUCCCGCAAGGUUGGUGAGAUGCUCGAUAAGGAGCGCCAAGCUCAUCGGAACACCAAAAACCAGUUUGAGACGUUCCAGAAGACGCACCAGCAUGUUACGCGCACACUCUCUCAAUCAGAGGCGCGCAUUGCCGAGCUGGAAGCUGGCAAAGCCCAAGACAAGAAACGCAUCGCUCAGCUCGAGGCCACCUACAAAGAGCAGCUUACCGAACGCAACACGCUGCUCCUCAACCUCUGGACCAGGCUAUCCAGUCUCUGCGGCAGCGAUUGGGCUCACGACAACAGUCUCAUCAAUGGCCGCGCUCUGCCUAGCUUGGAGUCGGUCGCCACCAUGUUCCCUGGCUUCAGCAAGAACCUCUUGGCUGCGGUCAAGACUCUGGAAACCAUGGUCAGUAGCUUCCAGACCAAGGUGAAGUCGGUAGAGCGUGACCUGUGGAGAGAAUAUCAGGCACUGGAGAGCCACCUGGAGAUGCGAGCCAAGAAGAUGGAUCGUCUAGAGCACAUUGUGCGCAACAGCAUCGCAGCCGGCACCACAGGCAACGGCGUCUUAACCGCUGCUGAAGCGCAGGGCAGGCUGGCCCGGCUGGAAGAAGCCUACAGGCAGCUCAAGGUGGAAAACCACACUCUUCGGACAGCAGCCGAAGUUCGUGCUAGAGCCGCGUAUGCUGCUGCCCACCCUUCUCGGGGAGGAGGGGACCGUCACCAACAAAGCCCCAGUCCCCUGCCAUCUGCAGGGCCAAGGGACAGGGAAGGAAUGCCCAGUGACAGGAUGUCUAUUUACAGCCAAGUCGACGCCAGAAAGGGCGUCAGUAGCAGGCCGAGUUCUAUCGCUAUACCCCAGCGAUCAGCGAGUAGUAGUCGCAGGUCCAUGAUCAAUGACAUGGACGGCCACAAUGACGAUGUUUUACUACCGGGAUCGUCCCAACCGCCCCUGUCUCGAGUACAGAGUACCCAGUCGCAGCAGAGUCAUCAGCACCAGUACCAGCACCCCCAAGUGCAAUCCCAAGCCUCCUACACUGGCCCCGGUGGUGGAGGUGGGGGGAUUCAAACAUCAAGCGAAAGGGGAGUCGCCCCUCCUUCCGGUCCGGGGUCAACAAGUAGUACCAACAACCCUGCUACGCCUGGUAUGUUCUCCCAAAGUGGAGGUGCAGGUGGAGGAGGGGGGUCAACGACGAGCACCGACAACAAGUGGAUGCUCCGCCUAAGAGACCUGGAGUACAAGCUGAAGGCGGAGAGGGAAGGGAGAAUCUUGGACCGUAACGAGGCGCUCAAGAGGAUCAGUACGAGCGAGUCGGAGAAUCUGGCGCUGAGAGAGAAUCUGGAGAGGGAGAAGAGGAGGAAGCGUGAGAGUGUCCAGAGUUUAAGCGGUGGCGGCGGGGCUGGGGGAAUGGGUAGCGGAAUGGGCAACGGCGAAAGGGGAUCCUAGAUGGUAUGGACCGUAGCCGGGGCUUCCUUUAGGGCGGGAGCCGGAUAAUGAUAUUCCACAGCAGCCGAGUCAAGAGUUCCCUCUUCAUAGGAUAUGGAAGCAUAUUAGAUGUUGCUGGUUACGCUGGCUCUGGACCUGUUGUGUUUGUUCAUCAGUUUGCGGACAGGGAAUAUGGUCUGUCUUGCAUCAAAGACAAGGUUGGUUGGCGUCGAAGACGUACAAGUAGAGUCGUGGAGGAGAGAGAGGUUGUAGGUCCGUUGUUGGUUUUUCUUUCUUUUCAGUCAUCACCUGUUAUUGUUCACUAUUUUGUGGUUUGGCCAUGGGUCUAUUGGUCAGGUCUAGACAAAUGGUAUGGAGACGGACAUUGUUACUACUACCACUAUUACUACCCCUUUUCCUUGGUGAAUGGUGUUGUUGUUUUUGUGGCUUGACUGCCAUUUUAUAAUAGCCCCCGGCCCCGUAUUUUUUGUUCCUCGCUUGGGCAGCAGCAUAUGUACAUUCUAUGACGACAUCAUAUGUGACUUGAAUAGGCAAUCAAAGC